UUGUUUGGAAAGCCCUUUGAUGGUGGAAAGAGGAUGGACCAUGGCAGCCAGCAGCAGCAGCAGCAGCACCCAGCCAUGAUACGGCUCUAUGAGGUCCAGCGGGAGGUCCAAUCUCUGGGCCCUCAGGUGUGCACCUUCAGCGGGUUGAAGAACGAGCGGGAGUAUCGGCGGCUGGAGCGCGAGCUGACCCAGCUGCUCCUGGAGGUGGACCAGGUGGACACAGAGGGCAGGGCAGACCUACAGGGGGCACGCAAGAGAUCAGCCCAGGAGGUGGAGGGGCUGCUGCGCUACCUGGAGGAGAACGCCACCCACCCGUCCCGCCUGGCCAUCGAGGAGCUGAGCCGGGAGGCCCAGAGGCUGGUGGAGCAGGGGGUGGUGGAACCGCAGCGGGCCGGGGGCACAUCAGAGAUCAGUGAUGAGCUGGUGGACGCCGUGCAGGAGCUGAUACUAAGGCUCACCCAGGUAAAGACAGGAGGAAGUGUGCCCCUACGCAAGGCUCGCUACCGGGCCCUGACACGACUGUGUGCCGUGCAGGACGUGAUCGAAGGGCGCACGCGCCAGCAGACUCUCCCCCUGUCAGAAGACACGCAUGUGGCCGUGCAGAAGAUCAACCAGGUGAUGGUGCAGGUGAGUGGGGCGCGCAGCCAGCUGGUGGCCCUGCUGAUGGGGCUGAGUGGGAGGGAUAGCUGUGCCCACCUGUCCCGCGUGCUCACUGAGCUCCUGGUGGAGCUGGACGCCCUGGACGUGUCGGGGAACGCAGCGGUCAGGAACUACCGCAAACAGGUGGUGGAGGAGAUCAACGGCCUGCUCAAACACCUGGACCUGGAGGGAGAGGGAGACGACACGCGCAGGUACGCAGCUUUACUAGAAUUACAAAUAAUAGUACAGAAAGGAAAUACAGUAUACAUGCUUUCAGGUACAACUUGGCUCAGAAAUUUGAUGUUGUAUAUAUCUUUAUUUUUUCAGGUAUGACUUGGCGCAGAAUGACUCAAUCCGUCAGAUUGAGGCGGUGCGGGGUCGGGUGGGCCAGCUGCGGGGGGAGGUCCUGCGACACUGUGGGGUGGGCGACCUCUUUAGGCCCAAGCCUGAGCUCCAGAGUCUCCUCACACACCUGGACCAGGUGGACACAGCCCGUAACCCCUGUAUCCGUGAGGCCCGCCGGCGCGCUGUGCUGGAGGUCCAGGCUGUAAUCACCUUCCUGGACCUCCGUGAGGCCCUGAUCUGCCGCCAGCCCGGCCCUAACGAGCCCCCACAACACAGGGCUGUGUGGAUGGUCCUGGGCAGCCUGUCAGACCUCCAGGCCCAGGUACUCUGCUUCAACGGCAAGCGGGCCGACAAGAGCUACAUAUUGCUUGAGGAGCUUCUGACCAAACAGCUGCUGGCUCUGGACGCAGUUGACCCACAGGGUGAUGAGAUGACCAAGGUGGCCCGCAAGCAGGCAGUCAAGUUUGCCCAAAACAUCCUCAGCUAUCUGGACAUGAAGACAGAUGAGUGGGAAUACUGA